UUCCAUACUGAUGAGAGCCGCGAAUGUCAUGCGCGCGCUCUCGUUGACGUAACGAGAAAAAAAAAGCGCGGCCGCGUGCGUCGCCACUCCGUUUCCAUAGCGCACCGUCUUGCGCAAUGUGACGGAUUGACGGUCCGCGCGAUCAGAAUCCCCGCCGCGUCGUGAAGUGGAUGCUGCUGUUGCUAGGAACGGAAAAAGGGACUUUUAUCUACCCCCCAUUCGUUUGUGCGGUAAAACACACGCGCUGUCGAGAAAUAAAACCGCGGUGCACGCGCCUUUCCGUCGCGACACGAGCUGAACCGUCUCCGUCAUCCGUGCCGGAGGAAAGUCGCUCUCCGGAUGUGAUUGCGAGAAAGAAGGAGCAGAGGACAACUUCGGCGUUGCGAGCCCACCGGUGAUCGGCGAGGGGGCGAGCUGCAGGCAGGCAGACAGACAGAUAGACACCGCGGCUCCGUGCUGGCCAAGGAAUAACACACUGACGCUCGGAAUUGCAAUCACAGCUCCGUAAUCGGCGAGCUGCCGCCGAGGUGCGUUUGGGAUCACGACGUGUGUGAAGCAGAUGCGUUCCGCCGUUAUUCGACGCUGAACUAGGUUACUCGUACAGCUUGUCAUCAACUGGCAUCACAGCAGAUCUGGGCUAGCCUCUACAUCAUACCGCUGCCACAUAUGGCACAUCCGCCGUUUAUGUGAGGGGCGGUUUGGGUCACAUGAGCAAAAAAUCGGACCGAUUGAUUUUUGGACUCGUUUGGAGACCAAGCGGAAACCUGGCGCCGUAAUCAGCGCGCGCCGUUCAUUAAACCCGUCUCCCAGUGUUCCGAGCGCAAAUCAAUCGGCGCGUGAGCUCUGCGAGGUUGCUGUGUGAUUCCUGUCUUUCUCCACCAGCUCAUCUCUAUCAGGAAACACUUUCUCUCGUUUCGACUAGAUAUGCGGAGAUGCAAGUAAAAAUGGAUGGGAUUAUCAGCAUUUUGGGGCUUAUUACGCUGAUCCUGGACGGCAUUUCCUCUGAGGGAGUGUACGCGCCCCCUACUGUCCGGAUCGUGCACUCGGGCCAUGCAUGUAACGUGGAGGAGGAGCGCUACACAGAGAGAGUGUACACUAUCCGGGAGGGUGAGACCCUGGAGCUCACGUGUCUGGUGACUGGACACCCGAGGCCACAGAUUCGAUGGACUAAGACAGCAGGCAGUGUGUCAGACCGUUUUCAGGAUUCAAGUGUCUUUAAUGAGACACUUCACAUCGCUAAGAUCCAGCGGCACCAAGGUGGACGCUAUUACUGCAAGGCUGAAAAUGGCCUCGGCUCGCCGGCAAUUAAGUCGAUCAGAGUGGAUGUCUACUACCUGGAUGACCCAGUCGUGACGGUUCAUCAAAGUAUAGGCGAAGCCAAAGAGCAGUUCUACUACGAGAGGACAGUUUUCCUCCGCUGCGUGGCCAACUCCAACCCUCCAGUGCGCUACAGCUGGCACAGGGGCCGUGAUGUUCUGUCUCAAGGCUCAGAUAAGGGUGUGGAGAUCUACGAGCCCUUCUUUACACAGGGGGAAACAAAGAUCCUGAAGCUGAAGAACCUGAGGCCCAAAGACUAUGCCAACUACAGCUGCAUCGCCUCCGUCCGGAAUGUGUGCGGCAUUCCUGACCGUAGGGUCAUCUUCAGACUCACCAAUAAAACAGCCUCUCCAUCCAUCAAGCUACUGGUGGAAGAUCCAAUUGUGGUGAAUCCUGGACAGACAGUGUCUCUGGUGUGUAUCGCCACGGGAGGCGAACCUCCACCCACGUUGACAUGGACCAGCGUCUCAGAGCACCUACCUGAGAAAAGUGUUUUAAAGGACGGCACGCUAACGCUACCGGCCAUCUCUUCUGAAGACGCUGGAGUCUAUAGCUGCAUCGCCAGCAACAACGUCGGAAACCCGGCCAAAAAGUCAACCACCAUUAUUGUGCGAGCGCUGAAAAAAGGCCGCUUUUGGAUCACGCCUGACCCGUACCACAACGACGACAACAUUCAGAUCGGUCGUGAAGUGAAGAUCUCAUGCCAGGUUGAGGCGACGCCCCCUGAGGAGCUGCAGUUCAGCUGGCUGAAGAACGGCCGAGCCCUGCGCAGCUCUGAGCGCAUGGUCAUUACCCAGACUGACCCUGACAUCUCCCCAGGAACCACAAAUCUGGACAUCAUCGAUCUGAAGUUCACCGACUUUGGCACCUACACCUGCGUGGCAUCGCUCAGAGGCGGGGGCAUCCCCGAGAUCAGCAUCGACGUUAACAUCUCUUCCACCACUGUUCCUCCCAAUCUGACUGUGCCACGGGGCAAGUCCCCAUUGGUGGUGCGGGAAGGAGAGACGGUGGAGCUGGAGUGCCUUGUUUCAGGAAAGCCCAAGCCCAUCAUCCUGUGGUCACGGGCUGAUAAAGAGGUACCGAUGCCAGACGGAAGCAUGCAGAUGGAAAGCUAUGAUGGUGUGCUGCGCAUCAUCAAUGUGUCUCGUGAGAUGAGUGGCUCCUACCGCUGCCAGACCAGCCAAUACAAUGGCUUCAACGUCAAACCUCGGGAAGCCCUGGUGGAGCUCAUAGUUCAGUAUCCCCCAGCUGUGGAGCCCGUAUCGUUGGAGGUUCGUCAGGGUUUGAGCCGGCCAGUACCGAUGACCUGCCGUGUUCUGCGUGCUCACCCUUCACGGGUGUUGCGGUAUGAGUGGCGUCUGGGAUCACGCCUGCUGCACGCGGGCCACUUCGACACAAGCGAUGAGACCGAGUACUCAGUGCGUAGCCUGACCCGUGACGGCUACGGAGAGUACACCUGCGACAUCAUCAAUGAGGCUGGAGCUGGCCGCUGCACCUUCCUGGUCACUGGAAAAGCUUAUGCUCCAGAGUUCUACUACGACACCUACAGUCCGCUGUGGCAGAACCGACCUCGUGUUUAUGGCUAUAAGCUGCAGUGGACCCAGAUGAACCCUGAUACAGUGGACCGUAUCAUGGCUUAUCGUCUCGGCAUACGGCAGAUUGGGCAGCAGAGAUGGUGGGAGCAGGAGAUACCUGUUGAAGGCCCCAUUCAGAAAGGAGAGCUCAUCACUUAUAACCUGACAGAGCUUAUCAGACCUGAGGCCUACGAGGUGCGCCUGACCCCCAUCACCCGCUUUGGUGAGGGAGACUCCGCCAUAAGGAUGGUGACCUACAGUGCUCCCAUUAACCCACAUCUGAGGGAAUUCCACUGCAGCUUUGAGGAGGAGCCCAUUUGCAUGUUCACUCAGGACAAGAAUGAUAACUUUGACUGGACGAGACAUAGCGCUGCCACACGGGACACUAAAUACACUCCCAACACAGGACCCAGCGGAGACCGCAGCGGCUCAAAACAAGGAUUCUAUAUGUAUAUCGAGACCUCCAGACCCCGUAAAGAAGGCGACAAGGCCCGUUUGCUGAGCCCCACCUUCAACGUGGCACCUAAAAAUCCUUAUGGCAUCACCAACCCUCCUGCAUACUGCUUUGGUUUCUAUUACCACAUGUACGGGAAACAUAUCGGCACUCUGAAUGCAUUUAUGAAGCAGAAAGGUCAAGCUACUUCGGAUGCUGGUCCAGUCUGGUCACUCAGUGGGAAUCAGGGUGAUCGGUGGAAACAGGCCAAAAUCAGCAUCCACCCCACCUCCUCCUUUCAGGUGAUUUUUGAAGGCAUCCGAGGUCCAGGGAUCGAGGGGGACAUUGCGAUUGAUGAUGUCACUCUAGAAGAGGGGGAGUGUCCUGACCCUCCAUCCAAUCAUAUCAGAUCGAAGGCUUCGUUCCAAGUGACACAUAUAUGGCCGCUAUGCCCCGCCCUGGCUUUCACACUGUUUCAAGGUCUUAGGUGACCACCUCGCUGGGUGGAGACUGGUGGCGUUGUCUGAGGCCGCAAUCCCGUACCCUCAAUAUAAUCACCAAAGAUUCACAUUUUCAGAUGACUAAGAGGGAAACAGCACUGUCUCAAUAUGGAUUAUCAGACAUAAAAUCAUGAAAAAUGGAAAAAUAAACAAAAAAAAAGACAAAAAAGUAAUAAGGAUUUGAUGUAUCUAUCUACAAUCUGCAAACUAUUUUGCCGUAAGAUGCUCCCAAGGACUUGGAUGAGAGCAGCUUACUGAUGGAGUAGCAUGAGGCAGGGCUCAUGUGAAGGGCUCCCACGCAGAUCUGAGGACAGUUUGUAAAGCACAAGGACAACUUUGCCAGCUGGCAGUUAAAAAAAACUCAUUAUAAAGGUGGGGAAAUGACAAGUGAUGGCAGUCUCCACCAGCUCUUUACUAUGAACACCUUUCAGUGUCUCAUCCUUCCUGUCCUUCAUUGUAUAUUCAGAUCUUAUAAGCUUUUUUUCUCCACAUUUAGCCCUCAUACACAUGUGAUUUAACCUUCUUUUGGCUUGGUGCUUUAGAACACAUAUGAAAAACUAUGGCAAAAAAAAAAAAAAAUCAUUUCUGCUUUAUAUCCCAACCUGGGUAGCGGCCUGUUUUGAUUUCCAACACUGUGCUCACAUCCCCUAGUGGCAGGCCAAGGGUAGGAGACCAGGCCAGAGGAGCUAAUGAGCGCCUGAUGAAGGAGGGCAGAAGAAAGAGAAGAGAAGAAGAAGUGCAGAAGUCUGAGGUGGAAGGCCAUGGAGGAAUACAAGAACAGGUUAAGAAAAUGCUCCUCUUUUCUCUUUGCAAAGAACAUUAACAACAUUGGAGCCACUUUCUGCCAUGAAAUACAAAGUGCCUUCAGAUUAUGAGCAGAAUUGCGAUCCUGGCCGUUAACACCAAACGCAUCAAUAUUUCUAACGUCACCGUUGGGCUAUUUUGUAUGAUUAUUUUGCUCCUUCAAAGUGCUGAUUUGAAUGGCGGUGGAGGUGGAAGAUGGUUCAAGAAGUCAGCACAAAGACCUGCUUGUAAUUUGCAGAUUUAGCAAGAGUUCCAUACGAAACACAGGUAACUAUGUUCUCUACCAGAAGAGCAGAAACGUCUUUGACUGCGCUCAGUGUCACAUUGCCGUUUUGCUGUCUUCAGAACUGGCAGGUUACUGCAAUGUUGGUUGGAAAGGUACAUGGAGACAUAGUCAGCCUGCCAUGUCAUUGCUUUACACAGACUCUCAUCAAGUGGGCCUUAGAACAGUAAGAAAUAAACACAACACCAUGGAGGUGAAAGCAGGUGGCAGAGCCUGCACAGGAUAAGGCCUACUAUCCCUACCCACCCCUCUGCCAUUUCUAUUGAACAGUGUGCAUUCUGAAAGAAAAAAAAAAGAUGAUAUUAAUAAUAAAAUAUUUUAUUACACUAGCGAGAAUGUUUCUCUGAUUUUACACAAACUGUGAAAAUAAACUGUGGAAGAAAUUUACCUGAAAGUAACCAUAACCAGCUGGUUUUUAAAAACAUGUUCUAAAAAAAAGAAAGAAAGAAAGAAAGAAAGUAAGGAUGAAAGAAAGAAAAGAACAUUUACGUAUAUUGUUGGUUAUGAAUAAUGUUUUGAGGAGCUGUGUCUUGUUUCUUAUUUUUCUGUUAAUGCUGUUAUGACUUUUAGCUUUCUUUAAUUCUUGUUGUCUCCCUUGCAUUGCUGAAAAUAUCAAAAUGGUUGGAACUUAUUGAAUAAGUUGGUUUGGUAAAUGUAAACAAACCUGUAUAUGUAAAGAAGCUCUGUUAAUCAAGGUUUAUAUGAAAUGUUUAUGUAUGAAUACAGGAAGCACAAUAUUUAAGGUUCCACAUUAAAAAGGCAGUUUUCAUUCAUGUAUGUGACUUUCUAUUUGCAAAGCCAAGAAUAUGAAAUUUGAGGAUGUAAUUUUCUAUUUGAAUUUCCUCUUGUCUUACCAGAUGAAUCCCUUUUUAUUACAAACAUUCAAAAUAUUACUAGUAUUUGGUCAUCAGUAUGUCUUGAAGGAGGCCUGUUCUAAACCUUCCAUCUUGGCUUUCGUCGUUCAUCAGAACUGAGGGAGGGUUUGAACACAGAGACAGACUACUGGACAAAAGGUUCUGAGAUCAUUUGAGACCUUCAUAGUCUUGGUUUUGUCAGUGUAGGUCACAUAUAUGUCCUGGUAUAUGCAGUGUAAUAUAGGUGUGCUAGGAACCAGAUACAAUACAUGUUGAUAAUGUGACCAAACCAGAGCACAAUGACUGACCGUCAUUACAGGACAUAUGAUUACUGCUUUCAUUUACUUUUACACAAUUCGACAGAUGCCCUUAUCCAGAGCAACAUACAGGAGUGCUCUGUAAUAUAAAUCAAAAUAAAUAUCCUCAUACUAAUACAAAUAGGUCAGGGACUAAGAAUACUAUUAAGCUAUAACCUUUAGCUGAUGGCUUGUGCAGGCCAUUUUAGAGCUCAGGUCAAUUUGCACUGCGAUUCCAAGCUAUGUUUUUUUUUAAGCAUCAGAUAAGAACAAUUAAAAUGUAGAAGAAAAUUACAGCCCAAUAACAUCAGCAUUAAAGGCAAUAAAUUGUACUUGGCUUGUUAUAGCCAAACAAAUUACAAAAUAAACAGUUGUGUUAACUUACAGAUUGAAAUAAAUUUAAUAAUUGGUCUUAAUUCAUUAUUAUUAUUAACAAAUACUCUUACCUCUCAGUAUUUCAGCAGUGUUUUUGGCAACGUGUGACUCCAUUGCUCAUUUUAAUUGUAUCAACAUGGCCUUUCCUUUACAUAAUCCAUACACACCUUUAAUAAUUAAACAGUUUAAUAAUGUCUGCUACCUAUUUGUUAUUGUAUUUGAUGUAUAUAUGUGUAUAAAUAAAUGUAAAAAUAACAGAUUGGUUCAUUUUAUGAAUAAAAGUCCAUUUCAAAUUUCAUAGAGGAAAGAAAAUGUGUUAUGGGCCAUAUCAGUCUCAUCAAGUGUUAAAGCCAGAGCAUAUGGAAGAAGGAGCUAGCCAAGAUAUGGAUUAGAUAUUGCCUGUAGAACCCCAGGCUUAAAUCUGAGCCAAGACUGUAGUCCAGACACCUGUUACCUCAGUGAUGCUUGCACAAUCCCAUUUAAAAAACACUUCAAAUUAUGCUCCAGCUUCAUAAAUGAUCUUCAUAAUUAAGCUUAAUGCACAUAAAGUAGCUACAGGUACAGGAACUCCAUCUGCUAAUUGGCAUGGCACCAGUUUAAAUCUUUGCAAGGUUCUUUAGCCUUUCUGCUUUCGUAUUUAAAUUAUCGCUAUUUAGAUUAGAUCUGAGAUGUUUUAGUUACUACUCACUGAUUUAUCUCUCAGCUCAGAUAAAAUAACGUCACUUUAUAAAGUAGCUGCCCCCUAAACACUUGCUUACAAAACACUGUGUGUAGCUCAUUACUUCACCUGAUACCAAGGUGAAUUUAUAGCUUAAUAUAUCUGCCAUUAAUACAAGGGCUUUUAAAAAAUAAUAUGAUUUAAAUAGCUCACUUUUAGACAAACAAUGCAAAUUAAUAUUGAUAGUGUGACCUGCUCCUCUAUUGCCUCCAUUUUGGGGGCCUCCCUGAACAUAUUACAAACAACUAAAUGAAAAGAUUUGAUGAAACGAGUGUAUUGACGCUAGGCCGACUUCCUGUACUGACCCACCAUCAUUGUACUCUGCUUUGUGCUCUGUUUAGGCUUCCUUUCACUGUAUUUCUUUGGAUUUAUCACUGAUUCUUUGUGCCAUCCCUACAACUAAUGAUAAAACAAUAAUAAAAAAAAGCAGGUAUUUUACAUCAGCGUUUGAAAAAUGUUCUU